CUAUCAUCAUCUAUCAUCAAAAGAAGUUCAUUUUGCAAAACUUUUACUGUCUAGAAAUAGGACUGAUCCAUUGAGAAUACCAUUCUUGUCCUGAAUGGGCCGGUGCUUACCUAACUCAUGAAUUUGAGAGCAUUUCUCUGUCAUUUCCUUUUUUUGAUUGCCAUCCCAGAAGUUGCUCGGCAACUCGGAAGUAGUAGAGAGCACUUUGGCCUUUCCCAUUUUUUAAUUGCCACCGGAGAAGUUAAUUGGCAACUUGGAGGUGCUGACGAGUAGUUGCCCCUCCUAACUUCAAUAUGCUUUGAAUAUUAUAGAAAUGUAAGCGAAUUAUGGAUCGAAAAUCUUUAUUGAAAGAAAUCAAUAAUUAAAUAAUUACAAGUUUUAAUCUCACAACUUCAUUCUAUCUAAUUAAAUUAUAACAAUUAAAAACAAUAUAAUCAAAAGUCUUUUACUUGAGUGAUAUGAAAUUAUUCCUUUAACUUCACGUAAUAUAUAAAUUGAAAUCUUGAGUUGUGACACUGUUCAAAUUGAAAUGAAAAGGAAGAUUUUUUAAUUAGAAUUGUGUAUGUUGGUAAACAGUUGACUUUGAUGGCAUUUGACUUGGUCAUCACAGGCAUGUAUAAGAGGAGCAUUGCUAAUAUUUGUGAAGCACAAACUUGUAGGUUUCGUUUAGAAUCUUUGAGGAUUGAAGUCCAUAAGGUACGUAAGUUUAAUCUUUGCAGUUAAAGAUUAUUGAUGAAGAAGAUGAUUCGAUGGAUAAUGAAGAAGCCAGGAAAAAUAAAGGUGGUCACAAAUAAUUAUACGGAUAGCUCCUUCCAGAUUGUUGAAGAUCACAAUGAAGUUUCAGCAGAAAGAAACUCCCUCAAGGAUCAAAAACCUGUAGGUGAAAGAGAAAUAAAUGGCUUUGAGUACCAGAUACGAUCAAAGGACGAGGACAUACGACGUCUUGAGCACGAGCACGAGCUAGCUAUGAAGGACAUACGACGUCUUGAGCACGAGCUAGUUAUGAAGGACGAGGAAAUGCGACGUCUUAAGAGCCAACUAGAUCUAAGAGAGAAGGAAUUUGCCAGCCUGAGGAUUGCCAUCCGGUCAGCUUGUACCGAUUUGAGCAACGCAGUUACCACUGCUGAUGAUGCUCUUAAGUUUAAAAACAAAAGUCCUUCCAAGAAAGGAAUUGAACAUUUCUAUGCAGAAGAAGACCUCUAUGGAGCUGCGAAAUCGGACCCCUAUUGAUCUAUUUUGAGGGGUAGCUUUCUAUUAUUUAAUAAAAGUAUACUUGAUAAAUGAUGUGUGAUAUUUAAGAAGUUAAUUUAGAAAACUAGUUAUCACCACUCUACCAUACUACACCACGUUGUUUUAUUCCAUCGUAGACAUACUGGUAAAUAAUUUAGAGUUUGAAGAGAAUUUUAGUUUUCUUUAUCA